ACGGCAAAAACCACAUGUCUUCUCGGUCGCACGAGAUUUUCUAAAAAAUUACACUGAAAUAUGGUGAAAAGUGUUGUGAAAGUGUGCAAAAGUGACAUCUAAAUAAAGCAGUGAUAAUUUUCAAUAAAAGAUCAGUGCAAAAUCGUGACACAAAGUGCAUAAAAUCACUUCAAAGAUUUUUCUGACAAACGCAAAACGAAAAAAAUAUUUUUUUUCCUCUUUGACCACAAUUCGUUUUUAUCGUCGAGUUUCUUUCGAUUGACAUUCUACGACUUGUCAAAUUACGUAUUGUUUGCUAUACAUUUUAAUUCGUUCGUACCCCUCCACGGAUUCGUGUAACGUAAAUUCGAAAAAAACGGAGAGAGAAUCUGCAAAAGGAGAAAUAAAAGAAACGAAAACAAAAACAAGAAUAAUAUAUAUUUUUUAAAAGCAACAGCGUAAUAGAAAAGUGAUUGAGGAAGUUUUUUUGUGAAAAAAAAAAUAAAUAUAAAAAAGAAACAAAAAAUUGUACUAAACGUGAAUAAAAUUAAAUAACAAUCAAAAGAAAACUAUUUUUUUGUUAAUUUUCUUUUAGCAUAAAAUAAAAAUUCGUUUGUUCCCCUCUUUUUCCCUUUGGAUUUGUUGUUGUUUGGAUUUUUUAAUCUUUUGAAGUUUUGUUAAUUUUUUAACUACUGCGGAGCACAUUAGACUGUCUGUGUCAGUGAGAAAGUCAAUAGCAAUUUGUAAUUGUUUUGAGUGGGCAAGGAAGCACCAAAGAGUUUCCAAUACGUCUACUUUCUUAAUUCUGGAGUAAAUAACGCACGAGACGUUAUUGUACUCUGGAAGACUAGAGCAGAAACAACCAAUCUCAGUUAUGUCAUCCAAGGAAGAAACUUCCACAGCAGUAGCUGCUGCUGUGGCUCCUACUGCAGCUGUUACCACGGUCGCUGCUGCUGCCAGUGGUUCAUCCACCAACUCUUAUGCAAAUGUUUUGCAAAAUCUUGAAGCCAAGAAAGGGGUUCCAGCUGCAGCAACAGCUACUACUGCCACUGCUGUAGAAACUAAAACUACGGUCAAUCCUGUUAAACAGGAAAAUAAGAACGAUAAUAAUAAAGAAAAUCAGUCUGGUGUCAAAACAAUGAAAUCGUGGAGCGAUGAAGUGGCCGCAGCAGCUGAAGAAGUAGUACCAGCUGCUGCCAAUGUGGCUGGUGAAAAGCGUGCAGCUGCCCAUGCCGACACCACCGCUGAAAAUUCUUCUGAAGUCGAUGAUAACGGUGAUUUUGUACCAGUGGUUUCCCAUCAUCGCCGCGAUCGUAAAAAGGCUCGCAAAGAUAAACCUCGUGAUGUUAAAAACGGUGGCGGUGGUGGAAAUGGUCAAUCUUCUGGUAAUCAAAAAUCUGGCAAUGGUCAACGUCGUGGCAAUGGUGGUAAUGGUAAUGGAGGUGGUAAUGGUGGCGGCGCUGCUGUCGCUGGUACCUCUACUGAUAAAGAUGGUGAACGUAAAUUUCCAUCACGCCAACGUCAACGUAAUGGUAGUCCCCGUAAAUCAGCUGGUGGCGGCAAUAAAUCACAUCAAAAAGAUCGCAAAGAUUCUUCACCCAGUGCUGCUAGUGCUGAAAAUACUGGUAGUGGUAGUGAAGCUAAAAACGUUGAUGGUGAAACUCAAGCACAAUCGUCUGGCACUGCCGCUGUUGCUGCUAAUCCCACACAACCCAAAAAAUUUGUGGCUGCUCCACCACCAAAGGUGAAUGCUUGGAAGAUUUCAAAACAACAAGCUUCCAGUCCCAAAACUGGUUCCUCACCUUUGGAUAAACGUGUUUUGCAACCCAAACAACCUAAACAGCAACAAACAAAAACAACAACACCAACAACACAACAGAAUCAAGGAGAAAAUCAACCGGCGACUUUAAAUUCUACAACAAACACCAACAAUACUACUACAGCUAAAAACACCAACUCUAACAACGCACAGACUCAGCCAAACAACAAAACACAAACUGCUAAAAAAGCCGAGUCAACAACCAUUGUUGUUUCCAAAAGUGAAGCUAAUGCUCCCGUAGUAAAGGAUAAAAAGAAAGUUAAUCAAAAAGCUAGUGAUUUUAGCAACGUUGGCGAUUGGCCAAUGCUAAUUGGUGGUAAACCCACAGGAAACGAAACAAAACGUUCUACUAAGAAACAACGUUCCAACGCUCAAAAAGAAGACAUCACUUCAAGUAGUGUUGCUUCCACAACAGAACCUGUUGAAAACAACUCAACCGCAGUUGCUGCAACAAGUGAACAAAACCAACAACAGCAACAACCGCAAACAUCGAAAGAUAAUAAAGAAGUCGAUAGCGCUGCUCCAUCAACUUCAGCCACAAGUACAGCUGCCAUAAAAGAUAAAGAGAACAAUGACCCCAAAUCUACCAACGGUCAGACGAUCACCAAUGAAGCAGCCACUACCAGUAAUGGAGGAAAUGGCAUCAAUAAGAAAAUUCCCAAACACAAGUGGAGACCUUUGCAAAUCGAUUUGGCCAAAUCUAGUCGUUCCAAAUCAAUUGGCCGUCCCACACGCCGAGGCAUCUCAUCGCAACAACGCUACCAUGAACGCUCCCAUCAACGGGGUGAUGGUAACGGCCAUGAACGUCGCUCAAAUGCCCACACCAGCAGCCAUGGUGAAAGUCAACGUGGCAACAAAAAGUCUGGCGGGCCUAAUGAGCGCAUUGAUUCCUGGCGUAGCGGCAGCGGCGCCGAACGCUCAAAUGACCGGGAAUACGAACGGCCAGCCCGUACGCAACGGCGUUUCCGCACGUCCUACAGGGGCGGGCGUCAAGGUCGCGGCGGAUUCUCAAGAUCGGGACCAGGUCGUACGACAAAUCGCAUACCACGCCAUCUGUUAGCCAAUGGCGAAUACGCAAAUUAUUUGCCGGCGGAUGCCGCUGGUACAGAUCAAUCAUUUGUCCUUAUGGGUACCCAUUAUUAUGGGCCCAUGCCUGCUGCUUAUAUUGAAAUGGAUGCUCAAAGCGUCAAAGAAGCCAUUAAAAAACAAGUUGAAUAUUAUUUUAGCGAAGAAAAUCUUACUGGCGAUUUCUUUUUACGCCGCAAAAUGGACGACGAAGGUUGCAUUCCAGUCACCUUAAUCGCUUCGUUCCAUCGUGUUCUGGCUCUGAGCACUGAUGUGGCCCUUAUCAUUACAGCCAUCAAGGAGUCGGAUAAAAUCGAACUUCUCGAAGGCUACAAGGUUCGCACAAAAACCAAUCCCACAAUUUGGCCUAUUAAAGAUGCUCUGGAUACGACCGGAACUCAAAAUGCAGCUAGAGUAGGUGGUGCCACCACUGGUAAACCCACUGAAAGUGGUGCGGCCUCUACCCCAACUGCUAAAGAUGCCUCUGCAACUACAAAUCAAACUAAAAAUGAUGAUAAAUCCACUGAAACUACAGACGACAACAAAACAACAGCUAGUGAAAGCCCUGCAACCACUACUGAAAGUGAUGCUGCUAAAUCGACUGCUGUUAAAUCACCAAAUACCUCGCCUAUUAUAACUUAUGUACCCGAAGUGCCUCUGCCACCGAUACUGACCUCACCCAUGGCCACAAAACCACUGAGUUGUAUACCACCACCACCGGUGCCACGCAAUUCACAUAAUCUUAUACCCACCAUGCUGUUGCAACAAGAGAGACAAACACCUGCCCCUGCUUUAAAUGCCAUCAGCGCUCUCACCAAAAAGGUCGAGGCCGAUCAGCAGUCAACGGGUGGAGCGGUGGCUCAAUUGGCGGAUCAUUUGAGUGGACUGGCAGAAAGUGUGAAGACACAAGUAAAGCCGAAAUCUACUUCUACACCGGAAAAGAAGUCAGCGGCCAAGGGUGAUGCCAAGUCCUUGUCGGCUGGCAAUGAUGAUGAGUCAGCAGCAACCGCAACAGCUGCCGAGACUGCCGAUGGCAUGUGGAAAGAGGUAAAGAGACGCUCUAAAUCAAAUGCUAAUAAAGAUAUUAAAUCAGCUACCAACUCAACACAAACGUCAUCAUCACAAUUGCCACUCGAUUCCUCUGCCACCCCCACUACCUCCCUCACAACCACCAUAUCCACUUCAAACUCCUCCAACUCUUCCAUCAACACCAAAUCCGCUUCCUCCAACUCCACAAAACCCACAAAAAAAUCAUUGCCCAACAACAACAAUAAACCCACUGCCAUCAAUGCCACCACCUCAUCAAAUGCUUCCUCCAAUGUCAACAAAAACAACACAACCACUACAACAACCAUCAAUUCCUCCUCUGCCUCCUCCAAAACAGCUGCACUCACCACCACAACCACCGGCGGCCAGCAUCAUGGCGAGAAAGAAGAACUAGACUUUCAAUUCGAUGAAGAGCUUAUGGAUCCUAUACCUGCCUCCGGACGCGUCAACAAUUUCACCGAACACUAUUCCGACGAUGAUGAAUCUGACUACGAGUUUGCCGACCGUGAUAUUAACAAACUGCUGAUUGUUGCCCAAGUACAACGCGCCCCCAAACACGAGGGCUACGACCGUACAGCCGACUUUACAUCUCGAACAAAAAUCACUCAGGACUUGGAAAAUGUCAUUAACGAUGGCUUAGCCAACUACGAAGAAGACUUGUGGGUAACUGGUAACAAUUACCGCACUGUCAAUGUGAUUUCCCAAGAAGAUUUCGAAAAACUCUCCAGUAGCCAAAAACCACACUACCAACAAAGACAACAACCGCCACCACCACCUCCACCCGCCUACGAUGAUGAAGACUUGAACAGCACCUUGAACUCAACCCUUAAUUCGACGACCAAGUCACGCCGUGCCCGUUUCUAUGCCGCUCCCAAUUCACAUUCAAUUGAUCUUCGUACGCCACGUAAACGUAAGACCCGCCAUUCAUCUAAUCCACCCGUUGAAGCUCAUGUCGGUUGGUUGCUCGACACAGUCGAACAUCGACCACGUACCACUUCCAUGGGUUCGUCGGCGGGUACCUCACCCAAUGCCUCAUCAUACGGCUCGUACGGCUCUUCUGUGCCACAAUCGUUGCCCGUCUUCCAGCAUCCAUCGCACUCUCUACUCAAGGAGAACAAUUUCACGCAACAAGCAUAUCACAAAUAUCACUCGCGCUGCCUCAAGGAGCGCCGCCGUUUGGGCUAUGGACAAUCACAGGAAAUGAACACUUUGUAUCGUUUCUGGUCAUUCUUCUUGCGUGAAAAUUUCAACAAAACCAUGUACAAUGAAUUCCGUGCAUUGGCAUUGGAAGAUGCUAGCAAUGGUUUCCGUUAUGGUCUAGAAUGUUUAUUCCGUUUCUUUUCGUAUGGUUUGGAGAAGAAAUUCCGUCCACACAUUUACGAAGACUUCCAAGAAGAAACAAUUGCUGAUUAUGAAACUGGUCAACUUUAUGGUUUGGAAAAAUUCUGGGCCUUUUUAAAAUACUACAAAAAUGCUGACAAAUUGGAGGUACAACCCAAAUUGGCAGAAUAUUUGACCAAAUUCAAAACCAUUGAAGAUUUCCGUGUAGUCGAACCAGAAAUCAAUGAAAUGCUACAAGGUGUGGGCAGUUUAAAUAGGGCACGUAAUUUGCAACGUCAUCGUAGUGUGUCCGAAAGUGAUGGCACCAAGGUAAUCAUAGCGGGUAGUGGUCGUAGACCAAAUACUACUAUUACCAAUCGCAGCGAUUAUGUAGGCAAUAGACAACAACAGCAGCAACAACAACAGCAAAACCACUAUCAACAGCACAAUAACUACAACCAAAGCCAUAACAAUCGUAGACGUACUGGUUCCUUUGGCAGUAGCACUGUUAGAGUACGCAGCGGUUCAUUGGGCAACAAACCACAAAUUGCCAAUCGCAAUUAUCAUUAUGGUUCACCCAAUGAAUUGAGACGUAGUGGUGCUGGUGGCAAUGGCAGUAAUACGGGUUUAAACAGAAACUAUAGACAAAAUCAAUAUCAACAACAGCAACAACAAAAAUCAAAACCAACAGGAACUACUGGUCCCCAACAACAGCAACAACAACAAUUAAAAGAUAACAAAACAUCAAACGAACAACAACAACAAUCACAGCAAACUAAAAAAUCAACGACAGCGUCUGUAGCGGCGGAAAAUUAAGAAAAAUUCAUUUGUUCCUCCUCUGCUUAAAUAUUUUUAAUACAUAUAUAUUUUUUCUAUUAAUAAUUAUAUUAUUUUUUUCUCUUUAUUAAAUAAAAUUAAGUGCUAUUUUUUAUGCUUAGUUUAUAAUAAUGCUAAAAUAUUUUUGCUCUUAUUAUUCCUUAUUAUUUUCUCUUACUACUUUUUUUUCGAAUUUUUGGGUAUUUUCAAUUUUCAAAAGUAACUUAAAUGAUAUGUGAGCAAAAAUUAUAACUGUUAAUGAUUGA